AUGGAGUCCGGGGAGCUAGAACUGCCACCCCCACCACCCAGCUAUCUGACGCGCCCAGAAAAGUACUGCUACGAUGAAGCUCUGGGACGACCGCGAGUCUGGGGCAGAGUCUUCGCCAUCCCAGUUCUCUCUCACCACAUCGAACGUUUCCUGAAGGAGAAGUGUCCUCAAUAUUAUUGCACUGGGCCACAGGCAGGCGUCGUAUUCCGCGAUGCCUUUCGGCCUUUCGUCCCUCCUGAAGUCAAACGACUCGCAUUCCUCGUCGUUCCUUUCCCCUUCAAACGCCCCAACAAGAAGGUUAAGGUCGACCUUGUUACGGUUUUGGGUGUCGUUAUCGCGACCAACUUGACCGACGAGGAUAUGGUGAACGCAGACAACCAGGACCUGAUUAAGAAGGCACAGGAAGGGCUGGGUGUAACGACACCCCCUGCUUGGUACUUCUUUGAAAAUCCUUAA